AUGGAUGUCAUGCUUUCAGCCAUCGAUGGAGCAGACAUUGCUGGCUUUGAUGCUGAUACCAUCAUCAAAGCAACAUGUUUGGCUAUGAUUUAUGGAGGGAGUGACACAACCAGGGUGACCCUGACGUGGACACUCUCUUUGCUUUUGAACAACUGCCAAAGUUUGAAGAAAGUUUAUGAAGAACUUGACCAGCAUGUUGGCAAAGGAAGACAGCUGAAUGAGGAAUUCACAGAGGACUGUACUGUAAGAGGGUACCAUGUUCCAAAAGGCACGUGGCUGUUAGUGAACCUGUGGAAGAUCCAAACUGACCCACGGGUUUGGGCCGACCCGAUGGAGGUCAAGCCAGAGAGAUUUCUGACCACCCAUAAGGAUAUUGAUGUUCGGGGUCAGCAAUUUGAGCUCACGCCGUUUGGUAGUGGUAGAAGAGCAUGCCCUGGGAUAAAUCUUGGCCUUCAAACAACGCUUUUAACUUUGGCUAGUUUUCUUCAUUGGUUUGAUGUCACGACCUGA